GCCGUAAGCGCCCGACGCCACGCGGCCUCACCCCGCGCCGCGCCCUAUAAGUCCCGUCGGCCACCACACCCAACUGUACAGACUCCCACAGCGCAGCCGCAGCCGCAGCUCCCCCCGCCUACUGCUGCUCCUCGGUCCCCUUCCGUCCGUCCGUCCUACUCAUGCUGGUGACAAAGAUGAAAAUGGCUGGCUCUGUUGUGCUGCUCAUUGCGCUCCUAUCGGCCAUUGCCCCCCUAACCUCUGAAGCCCUCAACGUGAGAGGCCAUCUGCUGAAAUCAAAGACGUUCCGUUCUCCGCCCAUCUUACUGGGCCCUGGAUCGGUCUCAAACAAGUACUACCAUGAUGUCGACUUCCCCCGAGGCCACCUUGCAGUCAAGAGCUUUGAUGCAGAGGUCGUCGAUGAGAACGGGGUCCCUGUCCCGCUCCAUGAGACUUACCUGCAUCACUGGGUUGCAGUACCAUACUAUGCUCUCAAGAAGAGCCAGAGCUCUGAUGCGCAAAAGGUUCCUGCAAUGAUUAAAGGGAAUGAUGGAGUGUGCAAGAGAUCACUAACCCAGUACUUCGGGCUCGGUUCCGAGACUCGCCACACCGCCACAUGGGUUCCUGAUCCUUAUGGAAUUGAGACCGGCAACCAAGAGAAGGCCCCUGAAGGCUAUGAGGAGAAAUGGUUGCUCAAUAUCCAUGCCAUCGACACGAGGGGCGUGGUCGACAAGCCUAGCUGCACCGAGUGCAAGUGCGACUCUUACAACGUCACAAUCGAUGAGUAUGGGCGCACAGUCUCGAAGAACUACACUGGUGGGUUGCUUUGCUGCUAUGAUCAGACCCAGUGUCAGCUCAAGGAAGGGUUCAAUGGCGAGGUGCGGACGGUGUUCUUGCAGUACACCGUGACUUGGCUCGACUGGACUGACGCGGUGGUGCCUGUCAAGAUCUACAUAUUUGACGUUACGGAUACCGCCAUGCUGGAUGGAAUUCAUGAACGCUCUUGCAAGGUUGAGUAUCAAGUCGAGGAAUGCAGCACGGAAAACCGAGCCAACAAUGAGUGCAUCCAUACUAAGACCACUAGAGCGGUCUUGCCGCGUGGAGGAGAUAUCGUGUACAGUGUUGCGCACCAGCACUCUGGAGGAGUCGGUGCUUCUCUGCAUGGCCAGGAUGGACGCCUUCUAUGUGAAUCGCUUCCAACUUACGGCACAGGGAAGGAGGCAGGGAACGAGGCGAACUACAUCGUCGGCAUGUCGAGUUGCUACCCUAAGCCAGGAUCCAUCAAGGUCAGCGACGGCGAGGUGCUGACCAUCGUCUCCAACUACAGCAGCACCCGCGAGCACACCGGCGUCAUGGGCCUGGUCUACAUCCUCGUGGCCGAGCCGCAGCAGCCGGCUCCGGCGCCAUCCCUGUGCUUCAGUUUCCCGGCCCCAUGGUGCCUACCGGCAUGGAUGUCUGGCAACAUGUGAAGCGUAGAUUAUCAUCUACCUGCAAUGCAAAUUGUGACGCCAGAAGAAGCUGAAACAAUCGCCGUGGAUCAAUCAUCGUCAUAGUUAUAAGAUGGCUGUGUUUUUGUCAUACCAUUACUUACUAGCUAAUAUAUAUACAAAAGCAGUCACCAAUCAGUGGGCAAUGUCAUUUCGAUGGACCAUCAGUUUCUGAUGCUCUGUAAUUAAUCGUUAUCAGUAGUAGCAGUGUAUAAAGCUGAGUUGUAUGAGUUGAUCACCACCAGAAGAAAAACUAGUGUCGAUAUUUCA